GUCUGUGAAACUGAAUCAUUUCUGUUUUCAUCAGUUUGGACUUGAGGUGUCAUAUUUCCAUAAAAAUAAAUAUUAGAAUCCUGUUAAAAAUAUUUUUAGUUGUAACAGAAAAUGCAGAAUCCAAAUGAAGAUACAGAAUGGAACGACGUCCUCCGGUCCAAAGGUAUCUUACCGCCCAAGGAAAAAGAGAUUUCCGAAGAUGAAAUCGUUAAUAUGAUUGAACAAACGAUACAGACAAAACAGCAAGAAAAGGACAAACAACUCUCAGAGUUGGAUCUUGAUGGUUUGGAUGAACUGGAAGAUUCAGAAGAUGAGGCAGUUAUAGAGGAAUACAGGAGGAAGAGGAUAGCAGAACUGAAGAAGCUGUCAGAAAAGCCCAGGUUUGGAGAAGUAAGGGAGGUGUCUGGGCAGGACUAUGUGCAAGAAGUAAACAAGGCUGGUGAAGGCAUCUGGGUGGUGAUACACUUAUACAAGCAAGGCAUUCAACAGUGUGCGCUCAUAAACCAGCAUAUGAAGCAACUGGCAGCUAAGUUUCCUUACACCAAAUUCUUGAAAGCCAUCGCACAGACAUGUAUACCAAACUUCCCGGAGAGGAACCUACCUAGUCUGUUUGUCUACUUCGAAGGGGAUAUGAAGAAACAGUUUGUUGGGCCGCUUGAGUUGAGAGGCACUGCACUUACAUGUGAUGAGCUCGAAUAUAUAUUGGGUCAAGUAGAAGCAGUUGAUACAAAUAUAAAGGAGGAUCCCAGACCAAAGAUAAAAGACAAAAUGUUCACAGAUCUCGGAUCAAAUGACUGGUAACAAAGUAACAUCACCACAAAGUUGUUUCAUACAUGAAACUAAAGUGUACUUUAAGAUAUUGGUGCUAUAGAUUAAAGCUUCUGGAUUGCUGGGUUUCUUUGCUUGUGUCGCGAAAUAUUAAUUAAAUUAUAUUCUGAUUGUUUAGAAAUAUCCAACAAUGGAAAUGAUUGAGAUCUGGUGUUAAGAAGCUUUACAGCUUCUUACAUUAACUUACAUCUGGACUAAACUAUAUUCAUUCAAAUAUGUAUGGAAGUGUAUUGAACUCCUUUGGAGAGAAGUUUUAGUUGGAAUGGUGAUAUAUUAUCACAAAAAUAAUUCUCUAUGAAGCUAAAAUUAUAUCACACUUGCAACUGCAAUAAAUGGCGUCAGUUAUGACGGUUAUUGUAUAAAGAGAUUUUGGGUAUGAAUGAAUUUGACAGCAUCAUGGCACAGUUUCAAGUAUUACCAAAUAUUAUUAAAAUCUUGUGACAAGAAAAGUAUUUAUUUUCAUA